AUAACUAGAGUCAACACCGUUCAACAUGGAGAAACAUUGACAGGUUGCUUGAAGACGGUUGUGUUCUACUAGGGACAUUUAAAUCUUUACGGAAUAUUAACACUUUGUAAAGAAAGGUAAGAUCGUUAAGUUAAUGCCAUUUCUGUUACAAAUACAAAAGUAACGUCAACUAACAUCGAGCUAAUGCGGUUGCUAAACGAGCUACGAAUUCAAAUUGGAAACCAACAACCUAACGUCACGUUAGUCGAAUCGUUAACCGUAACCUAUCGAUAGCUAGCUAAUGCACGUCUGUUUUUUGGUAGUUAAAUAUUGUUAAUAAUAGUCACUAAUUCGUAGCUUGAUUUGUAGCGUGAUGUAGUAGAUGUGUAACUAACGUUAGCUGGCUAGGGUGGCUGACUUACUUAAAGUUAAGUUUGACUUUAUGCCCGGUCCAACUUAGCCGGCUAACGUUUGCUUUGGCCAUUUGGAAUCAGGAAAUAACGUUAGGAGAAAGACGCCUGCUUGCUGGGGAGUCCGGUGUCAUCAAUUACCUACCUUGAUGUUAGGUUUCAGUUUCUCUAGAAAAAGAGACAAACAUAGCUUGGAGCCAAGUUAUAUUAGGGAAUUAGUUAGCUCUCUCCACUGGUAAAAUGUAGUCUCAGGUGACGCUUUACGUGAUUUACGCUCUGGCGACAGAAACAUACGAACAGUGCGAGCCAUGUGAGCUACAUAGAUCCAUAUGACUGUCCUCACAUGGGCUCCUCUGGGCAGAGACCCUGAAUUACCUUCUUGCUCGGAGCUCUCCAUACCAAAACCGCAAUGGUCCUGCUCUGCAUUCACCGCCAAACCAGCAAUAUCCACUCACACUGGAGCCUCAUCCCAACCUAGCUCUGGAUUUUAAUGUGACUGAAACUUCAGAAACAGGCCAUCUGGGAGAAGUCCGGACUGUUGGACGUGCAGGUUGUCUUCCCUCUGCGCUGAAGCUGAUACCACACGACUAAAUGUGGGGCUGAGAGCCAUGCCUUGUCUUCCUCUGCUGGCUUUACUGUGUGCAUCUUUGCUCAUCGUUGCACAUGGCCAGUCCUCCGCUGUCACCCCAAUCCCUCGGAAGAGUGUCUUCCACAAGGACUUCCAUGGCAAGUUGUUCCAAGAGGACGGCGUGUGGAACUACACAACCAUGCUGCUGAGAGAAGACCUGGGCCUGCUGAUGCUUGGCGCCAGGGAGGCCAUCUUCGCUCUAAACAUUAGCGACGUCUCUGAGAGGAAAUCUGCUGUGUACUGGCGUGUCCCAGAGGAUAAACAGAGGGAGUGCACCUACAAGGGGAAGAAUGCUGACAUUGAGUGUCGAAACUACAUCCGGACUCUUCAUCAAAUCAACUCCACCAGCAUGUAUGUGUGUGGAACCAAUGCCUUUAGCCCCACUUGUGACUACUUGACAUUUGCUGAUGGACAGCUGAAACUGGGGGAUGUGCAUGAAGAGGGGAAAGGGAAAUGUCCUUUCGAUCCCUUCCAGAGAUACUCCUCUCUCAUGGUCGGUAAUGACCUUUACUCUGCCACUUCUAUCAACUUCCUGGGCUCGGAGCCAGUGGUUCUGCGCAGCUCCCAGACAACUCUCCGCACUGAGUUCAAGAGCUCCUGGCUCAACGAACCCAGCUUUGUGUACAUGGACAUGGUCCCUGAGAGUGAACACAGCACAGAUGGGGAUGACGAUAAGGUCUACCUGUUCUUCAGUGAGAACGCGGUGGAGUACGACUUCUUCAACAAACUAAUGGUGUCUCGAGUGGCCCGGGUCUGCAAGGAGGACAUGGGCGGACAGCGCACGCUGCAGAGGAAGUGGACGUCCUUCCUGAAGGCGCGCCUGGACUGCUCUGUGCCUGAACCCAGCCUGCCCUACAUCGUCCAGGAUGUCUUUCUGCUCAGCGGAGAUAACUGGGAGUCUGGCAUCUUUUACGCCGUCUUCACUCCCCAGUCAGAUUCGUCUGACCUGUCCGCAGUGUGUGCGUACAGCGUCUCAGCCAUUAGAGACGUGUUCUCCAUGGGCAAAUACAAGACCCCGGUGUCUGUGGAGACGUCCCACAUUAAGUGGGUGAUGUUCAGCGGAGACGUGCCCUCCCCUCGGCCAGGCGCUUGCAUAAAUGAUGCAGCCAGGAGCCAGGGCAUGACCCGCUCACUGGACCUGCCGGACAAGACGCUGCAGUUCAUCCGGGACCGGCCACUAAUGGAUGAUGCCGUGCGGCCCCUGACCGGGGCCCCUCUACUGCUCAAGAGGGGGGCAGCCUUCACCCGCAUCGUGGUGGACAAUGUAGCCGCGCUGGAUGGUCAAAUGCACCCUGUUAUGUUCAUAGGCACUGAGAGUGGCUUUGUUCAGAAGGCUGUGAACUACGAUGGGGAGAUGCAUAUCAUCGAGGAGGUUCAGCCGUUUGAGACGCCACAGGCCAUCAAGAUCCUACGUCUGUCCUUGAGUACGGGCCACCUGUAUGCGGGCACAGAGUCGGGUGCUGUGCAGAUGCCGCUGAGUGACUGUGGCCGCUACGCCUCCUGCCAGGACUGUGUGCUGGCCAGAGACCCCUACUGCGCCUGGAGCCUCACGGCCGCCCUGUGCUCCACCCUGCCACGCUCACCAGACACGGCUCCCCACGGGAGUUUGCUUCAAAGCCUGAAAGAGGGAGAUGCUUCCUCCUGUCCACAGUCUGCCCCUGUGACAGCCUCAGCUGUAUAUGUGGCCCCCGGGAACAACAUCCGUCUGGACUGCCAGGUGGACUCAAACCUGGCCCAGGUGAACUGGCACUUCAACGGGCAGCCACUGCAGACGACUGCCCCGAAGCACUUCCUCUACAACCAGGGCCUCCUCAUCUUUAACUCCUCUGCCAGCGACAUGGGGGACUACACCUGCCAGGCCAUCGAGCACGUGGGGGCCCACGAGUACCCUCAGGUAUUGGCCAGCUAUCAGCUACUGCCCCCUCAAGCAACGACUCCUCCAACAGGACAGGGGGAUCAGAGUGACCAAGACCAGGAAGUGAGUUUCACUGAACCACCUGUCAGCCAGAUCACAGCGCCCAAAAAAAAACCAGCAGGCGGUAGCGGCGAACUGUCCCCAGAUCAGCCUCUGCCCAAUGCCCAGGUCAGAAAGAUUACAGGACUGCAGGUGGCGGUGGCAGUGCUCACCGUGACACUGGUAGCCGUGAUCGGGUUCGCCCUGUUCUUCAGCAGGCAACGGCUCCGAUCCCGGCUCCAGAAGGCAAGGAGGACCACCAAGAACGGUACUGCCUACCAGCCGGCCUCCCAAGACAAGACGGACAAUCCUAGAACUGAUCAGAACUGUAACGAUUCCGUGAAUACGGUGACUUUCAGCAGGAAAGGCACGAGUAAUGGCCCAGCUGUGGCGAUAGCCAGCAUUGGAGAGGAAUCAGAGAUUUGACACUGAAUGACACAAUGAUUCUAAUACUUGACGUUCACUCUUGCUUGAGAUGUAUCACUUGCAUCUCGUUGCAAGCAAGGCAAUUCAUUAAUUCCACUUGUUAUUUAUAUAAUUUGGUUCUUUUGAAAUUAUCUUUGGUCUGUACCUUCAAAUUCCUUCAUGUUAGCAGUAAUUUGUCAGCUUCUGUUUUUCCAUUGCUGUAGGUACAGCCGCCUUUAGUUUUACAAGGAACUCAGAGAUUAGAGUUGUUCUACUGUGAGCCUACACAAAUGUUCCACUUAUUUAAUCAAUCAAAUUGGGAUGGAUGUUGUGUAAAUGUUGUAUAAUUCAAUUUUAUACUUUGUAAUUUGUUCUAAAGAAGAGUUUUUGUAUUGUAUUUUUGUUAUGCCUCAUCCUGUAUGUAGCAUAUGCAUAGUGUUUAUAUUUCAGUUCCUGAAAUAAACUGCAUUGUACAAAAGUAUGAAAUGAAA